CAUCUUGUUCAUCGCCGUCAUCCUCUAACUAUAGAGUAACGCUUCUCGAUUUGGUUCAACUUUGUGUUCUUCUGCAUAGCAUAGCGUUGGUUAGAGGGUUAUUGACCGCAUCGCUUCUUCCGAUUCCACGUGGUUUAUUUCGCCACCAGAUUCGCCGGCUGCCUAUCAUACACACAAUAUUAAAUAACCGCCGCCCAGUAAUACUUCACGCAAUCUUUAUAAAGAAACCUCUAUCAUAAAUAUCACUCCCCACUUCUUGCAGAACACUCAAGAGAAGGACCGUUACAGGCAGGCCUUGCAGGGUUUUUCCCCACCCAAACAUGGCCACGAUGGACUUCUCCCGGUUGCGCAACCAGACUAUGGCGGAUGGCCUGGACAGCGAGGUCACCGUCAAUACAAGAGCUUUGAUAGACAAGGUUCUAGCACGUUAUUCCAGCGAACACACGACACUUCGUGAGUUGAUACAAAAUGCAUCGGACGCCGGAGCAACAACUGUCCAAAUCAAGUUUGAGACAGACCCUUCUCUAGAAGUGCCUGCACCGCAAGGCUCCAACCGGGCUCAUCUGCUCAGACACAUCAUCCAGCAUCAUACACUAAAGCGAUUAGUUGUAUCCAAUAACGGACAACCUUUCACUGCCGCCGACUGGAGCAGGUUGAAGAGCAUCGCCGAUGGAAACCCAGAUGAGACGAAGAUCGGAGCGUUUGGUGUAGGGUUCUACAGCGUCUUUGCUGAUUGCGACGAGCCUUUUGUUGUCUCAGGGGACCGGACCAUGGCAUUUUACUGGAAAGGAAAUACGCUAUCAACCAAGGUCUCAAAUGUGCCCUCCGACCACCAAUCAACGAAUACUAUAUUCUCCUUAGAUUAUCGCCAGGCAAAUCCCGCAUCACCAUCAUACAGCCCAUCUAAAGUCACAAGUCUACCUUCCCUAUGCCAGUUCCUCGCAACCAGUCUUACAUUUGUUGGUCUAUCUAGUAUAGAGCUCUAUCUCGACGAUUUCAAGAUCGUCGCUCUGUCGAAAAAGAUUUCGCCUCCCUCGGAGAUCAGUAUACCAAAAGGUCUAAAGACCGAUACUGAGGGUGGACUCAUGCGUGUUUCACGGAUCACACAACAGCAUUCCCAAAUAGACGCAGAAUGGUCCAAUGUGAUAGCUACUGCACAGGCUCCACCCAAACGAGCGGCAGAGCUAGUCCAGGCAGAAAUGAGAAAUGCAGGUACAACCUUGAAGAGCUUCUUCUCUAAAUUUUCAUCUGCAUCCUCGCAACAGUCCAAAAGUAGUAAGCCUACUCCGACCGUAGAGAAAAGCUUCAACAGCGAAGAGAUCACGGGGGAAUCCAAGGGAACAAUAUUUCUUCAAGUGUGCACCGUCGAGGUUGAAACUCGAGUUACCAAGAAAUUUUCUGCGGAAAUCGAGCGAGCCACCAAGAAACCACCGCCACGAAAGACCCGUAUCGCAUUGUUGACUUCACCAUACCAUGAUCCAAGCGAGUCACUUUCAACGGGUUCAGGGAACACAGCUGAGCUUUCUGACAAGAUUUUCGCUGAGGUCCUUCCGACGAAAGCAGGUAGAAUAUUUAUUGGUUUCCCAACGGCCCAGACCACAGGCUUCCUUGCACAUAUCUCUGCACCAUCCCUGAUACCUACAGUCGAGCGAGAAAAUGUCGAUAUGAACGCUCGAUACAUCAGUACUUGGAACGUUGAGUUGCUUCGUGUCGCAGGAUUAGCAUGCCGAAUAUCAUACAUGACGGAGAUGGGCGAGGUUCAAGCCAAGUUGGGAAAUAAAACUGUGGAGUCACUGAUCCCGCAGGCGGCAUAUAUUUUUAAGCGCUAUACUGCUACUUCAUCGCACCCCUCUACGUCAUUGGGUGAGACAGUAGAGGAAGCCUUUUGGAAUUGCUCUAAAGAAAGGUCGAUCGAGAUCCUGUCAUCAAAAGGUUUGAUGCCCAGCAAACAGGUGAGAAUGCCUGCAGAAACUCUAAGUUUCCUUGGAGAAGUACCUAUGGUACCGCAGGAGCUGGCAAAGGAAGCGGUCACAUUCAUGAUCAAUAUGCACCAGCGCGGCUUCAUCUCAGAACUCACGAUGGCUGACAUACGGCAUGGGCUCGAAUCUCGAGCGCUUACUGAGGAAGAAUUAAUUGAAUUUCUUAAGUGGUCAGGUGCGAAACUCGAGAACAGGGAGCUUGACAUGGCCGCUAGCCGAUCCCUCUUCGAAAUAACCAUUGCCAAUGUGGAUGUCAAGCCAGAGGAAAACUCUGGUAAAAUCCUGGCAUUGGGGGACAUCAUCACUUAUGUCAAUGCAGCGAAGAUUUCACCUACCAUGCCAAUUCCUCCAGAUACCAUUCCCUUUGCCAUCUCAAAGGUGGUUCCUGUUAAUCAACUUCGUAUGUUUGGAUGGAAUGAGUUGAGCAUCGUACAAUGGAUACGCUUCAUGACGUCUCCGAACCAGCUCCGAGAAUUCACAACCUCUGAACAACUCGCUUCUCAGGUUCUUAGCCUGACUGCAAAGACCUGGGAUCAGCUAGAUCCAUCUUCCAGAGAGGCUGUCGUGGGCAUCUUGACCCCCCACCCAAUCAUGCCGACGAAGAUGGGUAUGCGACGCCCAGCAGAGUCGUACUUCCCCACGGUCAAGCUUUUUGACGAUCUUCCUACUGUAAAGCAAUUCCCCGGAUCCAAAGAGAGAUUUUUGCAGGCUCUGGGUGUGCGAAAAACAAUAGACCUCCCAAUGGUGUUUGAUCGAAUGCGCAACGUCGAUUCUGCACAAUCAUCCGAGAAGUCGACAUGGAAUCACGCCGACCUCAUUCGGUAUUUUGCCUCUGUCAUCGAGGAGAUUCCAAAGAAGGAUCUUGAUAGACUGCAACAAACCCCCUUUCUCCCGGGUGAAGGCGCGUCUGUGAAACAGGGUCAACUGUUCAAGGCUCAGGAUCUCUUCGCCCCGGAGCAGUCAAUACUUUCACUUGGACUCACUCAAGUCAAGUUGCCUUUUGAGUACAAGGCUAGCUCACGAGAGGGACAAUUCUUGUUGCGCCUGGGCUUGAAGCAAUGGCCCGAUGCAAUUACGGUUGCGAAGAUCCUUCACCGCGCAGGUCAAGCGAAAGACCAAUCCCUCUGGAUUUUGGCAAUGGAAUAUUACCUCCAGAAUUUCCAUCGCAAUGGAUAUGCCGCGGAAUACAAGCACGUUGCGGCUCUCACGCUGCCUAUUUUGCCGACUUCGCAAGCACCAUUCCCAACGCUUGUUGCUCCUUUCCAGUGCUUCACUAACGAGAAUGCAAGACACCUGGGUUAUGCAAUCCUACGCGCUGAUCUUCGGAUGCAUGCAGAUAAAUUUGGUGUGCGUGCGGAUCCUGAUAUCAAAGAUUGUGUGCAAAGGUUGCUGCGGUCGCCUCCCAAAACUAAAGUAGACGCCGAUCAGCAGUACUCGUACCUAGGUACUCGUGCUACCGAGCUUGAUCAGCAUCGCACGUUGGUACAAGAGAUGUCGGUGGCUCACAUUGUUCCAAUCUUUAGGCCAUAUUACCUUGAUGCUAGCUGUUGUGGGUUUGAGGAUCGGACGAGACGCCAGACUGGCAAAACGGAACUUCGCGUCCAUCACUACGACCCUCCCGAAACAGUGUUUGUGGGUCGUGAUCAAGACUGGAAGGGUAUCUUGGAUUAUGUGCACUACAGUCCGGAGGCUACAGCUUUCUUACUCAAGGUUGGAGCAAAACAUGAGCCAAGCAGCAUCGAUCUUGCACAUCUCCUUUGCAGAGCCCCAUCUCGGUUCCUCAACACCAUCGGUCAAGAUCGAUAUCUAGGUUUACUUCGAAAACUCGCAGAACAUGCAGGAGAUCUUUUCAGGGACAAGGAGUUAUCCAAGAAGCUCAUUACAUCACGGAUUUUGCUUGGUUAUAGAGAUAUCAAAAACUCAAAUAACACCGCACCCGCAGAAGAAGAUGACCUAGACGAUUUCCAGGAACUUGAUAUGCAGCGAGAGUGGUCCUUGAACCAAGCAACUGAAGUCGUCAUCAUCGACGAUGUUAAUUACCUCACCAGAUUCCGAGACUUCAUCAUUUCUGCCCCACAGGAGGAACAGCUCGAAGAGUUCUAUGCCCGGUUCGGGGUAAAGAAGAUUUCGGAAUUGGUCAAGGCAGACCGCCGGAUCGGCGUGAUGGUGAGAGAUCAGACGCCGGCCACCAAGUUGCGCAAAGAUAUCCUUGAGCGCGCUCGACUCUUCCUCCAUGAAUAUGAGCGCGAUGCAUCAUCGCGAAGUAUACGCCACGACGCGAAGUGGCUGUCAUCGAAUUUGGCGGUGCAAUGCGUUUCAGACAUAUCGAUCCGCUAUUCCCUUGCGGAGCGUAAUAUCGCCACGUCCACCGGGAAAACUGCAGCAAUCGUGAAGAUCAGAGGCACGGGUAUUCUGUUAAGCAUCACCCCAAGAUACGACGUCUACGAGGUUUCAGCCGAACUUGUUAAGAUCCUCAUUCAGCGACCGAAGCAGAACGACACCAUCGCGCUCGAGCGCAUCCUGACUGAACCGCUUCGGCGGUUGCAGGAAAAGGGUAUUAACGUUGAACGUAUCUUGCGAAAGCGAGAGAUUGAGGCGCGUAUCGCUAAACAGCAAGAGAUGGAAAGGGAGCAGGAGGAACAGCAACGACUAGCUGAACAGGCCAAGCAUGCCCGAUUGAAUCCUCCACCCCCACAGGAACCUGAACCUGAACCUGAGCCCGAGACGAAACAGAGACCAGGAACUCCAGAGCACAAGAUGCCCGGAGCCUUUGGCAGUCCCGAUAAUAAGAGUAUGGAGAUUGCUGAAAACCACCAGAACACAAGCAACAAGAGUGUGCUCAAUGACUGGGCUAAGAAACUGGGCUUCAGAAACACUCCUUCUGCCCCAACGACCACAGACGGACCUCAGAUCAACCGCGACAUCUCCGCAACCAAGUCGAAUAUCGCAAACGCCAUCAAAGAAUGCCGACCUACCAACAUGGAGGCGAUCAAUUCCAAGCACCACCAAGAUCCCACCGAGCUCGACAAAGGCGGAUACUGCAACGGCGAACAAUGGGAGAACAUCCACAAAGCCUUCUCGAUCCCAUACUCCGGCCGUCACGUAGACGUUUACUUCGGCAAACACCAGUCUGAGACACCACAGGACCUCCAGACACCAUUGACAUCCUUCCUCCCCCUCAUCUUUGGGCUGACAUCGAUCUUCGGCGUCAACCCCGCAGCCGUCAACAUCUUCCUCGACAGCAACUCCAACACCGUAGCCUUCAACCUGAGCGGAAGCCUAUUCUUCAACCUAGCAUGGUACAGAAGCUUGCACGAGAAGGGCUGCAACACGCUGGAAGGGCGCUACACGGCUCUAGACAGCUGGUUCUUCACGUACUGCCACGAGCUCGCGCAUAACCUAGUCGGAGACCACAACGCUAGACACAGCUGGUACCAGCAGCAGAUCGCAAUCGAGUACAGUCAGAAGUACCGUGCAGCCUUGAGCGGGUUUGUGCAAGGCUUGUUGGCGGACAAGUCGUAAAUUACAUCCCUAUCGAAUUAGACAGAUCAGAUUAGCAUGGCGGGCAACUAUUAUAUAUUCAUUAGAAGUGUAACGAUCUCUUUACUCUUUAUCUAUAGACCGCAUUGUAUCUUAGAUAUCUCCAAAUCCC